AUGGCAAUACUCUUCUCACGGUAAGCACUGUAAUUCUAUUCUCCAUAAAUAAUCACUUUCGAUCACCUCAGCACCUGCCAUGACCCGACUUAAUAUAAAUGUUUAAUUCCAUUCUUUGGUAAUUGAUCAUUCAUUUGUCGAUGUGUAAAGGUAUCUCCAUUUACAGUAAAACAAACUGACGCAUCUAAGGCUGCGGCCUGGGGAAAUCACUCAGAUGUUGGCAAGUUUUUAUUAGAACAAGGCGUCUGUGACAGCCCUUCAAAUGAAUUAUUGUAACAUUUUAUUACAGUCACAUAUAAACAAAGACUAAAAGUUUAUAGCAACGCCUUCGCGGGGUUUUCGAUCCAUGAGAACAAGGAAAUGAUAAAACUCCUCGUCCCAGCCGCAGAUUGGAGCGAAUUAAGUAACGCAACCAGGGCGGGAAGGUUGUGGUAUUUUCUCUCAUUUUACUCGCUGAACGAACCUGAAACACUUUCCUUUAUUCAUAAUAAAUAUGAGGUCUCAUUUCCAGAGUUGAGCUCAGCGGAGAUACUUGUAGGCCUGAAUUAUGUCGACGAUACGAGGAUUAAGCUCCAUCUACUACAAUUCAUUUUGUUUGGUAGAAAUAUUGAUUCAGUUCUCUGUCGGAAUGAAGUGGAAACUAAAUAUUAUGGUAGCUUCAAUCUUCUUCGCCUAUUCGCAAUUGCGUUGAGGAAUUCGUUUUCAAAAUAUACUAUCAGGGGAGUGGACACCGAAGAGGCGCUGCCAAUUUUACAGCAAUUGAUUCGUGGUGGCUCAAACCUCCAUACCACGAUAGCAAGGUGGGAGCGUUGUCUAGAUUGCGGUGCUUGUCAUUCCGCGAGUACCACGUCAUUUGGCGGCAUGUUUACUGGAUGGAAUAAAAGAGUGAAAACCUCAAGAAUAAAGAACCUUGUUCGAUACUGGCUUCGUGCACUUCAGGAUUCAGGAGUUGAUUUGCACGAAUAUGGUCGACGAAAGAAAGAAAUUAGCAAUGGCGGAAGCUCACUUAAUGUUCAUUGGCACGCUCAUCAGGGCAAAAGAUAUCGUCUGAUGAGCUUCACAUUUGGUCCAGCGCCAGAAGAUUGGGAGCUGUUUUAUACCGAGGACAAUAUCUCUACGGAAGUGUUGGAAUUUUGGGAUAUGGUAGAUCAUCCGGAGCGAGCUUUAUCUGGAGCCUGGGUCGAGGAUCUUUUUGAGCCCAACAGCGAAACUACUUGUGCCGAUAUAUGGGAUAACUUCAUCUGGCCCUAACAGCCUCAACCCUUCCAAAACACACCACCAAUACCCCAACACCUCUCUCCUAUUCUCUCCUCUCGGAGUUUUUGGCAACUACUUCUCUAUCUCCUCAUUCACUCAGCUGUCCUUAUCAAAUAUUUCUCUUUAGAUGAUUCACCUCUUGAUCGAUGAAUAUUAAGAUAUGAUCUACGUUCUAUCUUGGUCGUUGGUAUGUUCUUCUUUCUUUACUUCCUCCCUACUCCUUCUCUCCUCUUUAUAUGUGAGAGGUGUGGUUGGGACUGACUGUUUUUGUGCGGAUAGGGGGUUUCUUGGAUUAGUGGUGUAGUGAGAGUAGAGUUUAGGGGUUUGAGGUUAGGUUUGAUGGACCCUAAAAGAGAAUUUGGAGGGGAUUGGUAGGUGGGUUUAGGGUUUGUAGUGUAGGGUAAGGGACGGUGUAGUAUGGAAGGGGGUUUAGUUUAGUGUGGGUUAAGCGAGGGGGAGUUAAUGGAGUUUAUUGGUUGUGCUUUUACUAGAAUAAAGUCAUUUGGAG